CGCCGCCACGGCGGCCGCUGCCUGCCGACCCUUGCCCGUCGGACCCUAGAAACUGGGAAGUAGAGAGUCAUGGCCCUACCGCUGCUGCCGGGCAACAGCUUCAAACGCGAUGUUGGAAAGGAGAAGUUCCAUAAAUCCCAACAUUGGGGCUUUUGCAACAAUGUAAGGAUGCUAGUGAGUGAUGAGAAACCUGGAAUAGGUGGAGAACCACUUAUUGGGCAAAAGAUAAAGCCUAAGUAUUGUGCAUAUCCUAAAGGAGAAGGAGCCGAUGUACCAUCAUGGGUAGCUUUUGAUAAACAGGUAUUAUCUUUUGAUGCCUAUUUGGAAGAUGAAGUGCCUGAUAAAAACCAAGAAAACUAUAGAAUAAGAUACUAUAAAAUCUAUUUCUACCUUGAAGAUGACACAAUUCAAGUCAAUGAACCAGAGGUGAAAAAUAGCGGACUGCCUCAAGGGACUUUUAUCCGGCGUCAUCGGAUUUCUCUCCCACCCCCUGAUGAUGAUCAGUUUUAUACUGUAUAUCAUUUCAAUAUCAACACAGACAUUGUCUUCUAUGGUCGGACAUUCAAGAUUUAUGAAUGUGAUGCAUUCACAAAAAACUUUUUGAAGAAAAUAGGAGUGAAAUUAAAUCCCCCUGGACAGUGUCCUGAAGAUCCUUAUAUGAAGGUUCGGAGAGAGAAACUAGACUGUGUAGAUCCCUUACGUCCUUAUGAAUCCUUUGACACCCUGAAACAGUUCCUCCAAUAUGAUGGGAAGGUUUUACGUUUCUUCUGUCUAUGGGAUGAUUCAGACUCAUUGUUUGGGGACCGUAGAGAGCUCAUCCUGCAUUAUUUCUUGUCUGAUGAUACUGUUGAAAUCAAAGAAGUGAUACCACACAACUCAGGCCGAGAUGCUAUUUCAUGGUUCCUCCGGAGGAGUAAGCUACCCAAGCAUGGCCCACCUGGGGUCUAUCAACCAGGCCAGAUAACAAAUCGAGCAGUUCUCAAUGUGUAUGGUGGCUACUCAGAGAAGCGAAUGGAUGGCUACCUGUUGGAUAAGUACAAGCUAGGAAAACUAAACCAAGAGUUUUACAAAGAUAGUGACCUGGCUAUAGGAACCUACAUCAAUGUGUGGGGAAGGAAAGUGCUCCUCUGUGACUGUGAUGAAUUUACAAAGUCUUAUUAUAAGGCUAAAUAUGGAGUUGAGAACUUUACCUCCAUUUCAUGCAAGGCUCCUCCUCCUCCAAAAAUAGAAAGGAAAUUUCCACCUUACACUGGCUUUGGGUCUGAAGAGGAUUCUCUCCGUUCCUGCAUAGGCCUGGUGCCCACACCUUACCAGAGGAACUUCAGGAAAUUCAUGGAAGAAGACAGCUAUGGUGGUAUAAGCAAUAUACUCCGUUUUUUUGCAAAACUAAUCACAGACCAAUGUGCUGAUGUGGACAGGAUGUUUAUUAUUUCAUAUUUUCUCAGCGAUGACACACUUUCAGUGUUUGAACCUAUAGAGAGGAAUUCAGGGCUCACUGGUGGGAUGUUUUUGAAAAGACUUCGUGUUAAGAGGCCUGGACAAGAUAUCUUUAAAAGUGAACCAUCAGAAUAUAUCACGUCUGAGGAGCUGUAUGUUGGAGCCAAACUGAACGUGAAUGGUUACAUAUUUCUUUUGCUCAAUGCUGAUGAGUACACCUUAAACUACAUGGAGAAUAAUACAGACAGGUUUCCAUUUAGCAGCAUCAAAUUUGCCCUACAAAAGCUGAAAGAUGAAGAAUCGAAAUCAAGAGAGAUCAAGCAGGUAUUUGCUGCUGCUGACUGUAGACACACAAAGAUUUUGGAUUAUAAUACAUUCAGAGAUAUAUUGAUGAGUGUAACGUCUGGGAAAAUUGUAGACCAGGAGGUUAUAACCAUUGCACGCCACUACCGGGUGCCUGAGGACCUGAGUACAGAUGUGAAUGUCUUAAUUGCACAGGCCCAUGAAAAGCUCAAAAAAAAUAUGUUUGAGAAUUUCGACAGACUCAUUUUUAACUGUGUAUAUGAAGAUCGAGAAAAAAAACAUGUAUUACCCACCAAAGACAUCCAAAGGCUGUGCAAGUCCUCCAGGUUACCUUUGAGUGAUGAUCUUCUAGGAGACUUACUAUCCAGGUUCGAAGACAGUGAACAUCAAAUAAAUUAUGAGUCAUUUUUCUGUGCCCUGAACUGGAGAAUGAAUCCACUGCCUGAAUUUGAAGCACCAACAUACCUUAAAGAGAAAUGUGAAGAUGUUUGGCUGGGAAUGCCAUCACCUAUGCCUGUGAAAUGCAUUAGAUACUUAGACCUUUUGAGGGAUGUGUAUGGCUUAGAGGAGGAGGAACCAUGAUACGUUCGGUCAACUUCCUUUGAUGUACUGCUCUAAUUUUGUCAAGUUUAUUUUAAUAGGCCUAAUUUUCAUUAAAAGCAAGAAGAAACAAGGUACAUAUUGAAUAGAAAUCCAUAAACCACAAUUAAUCUUUUGUCAUUUUAGUUUUUCAGAUCAUCAUAUUAUAUUACUAAUGUUACCAGCACUAUUAAAAAUGCCAUUUAAAGAAAUGUUCAACAUUUAUAUCGUAUGUAUGAUUUAUGAAUACUAAAGAAUCUUAUGAUAAUUUUUUUCAUCCAAUGUAAUUUGAUUUAUUACAAUACAAAGAAAAUGAUUUUUGCCAACUAUGUAUGACAAUUUAAAAUCAAAUUAUAUCAGAGCAAUAAGUUGUGAUUCUAGUAAACAUUUUAAAAAUCUUUUUGACAUGUGUUUAUUACUUAUAUAAUUAAGUUUUAUAGCAACUCACCUCAUCAAAAUAAUUCUUAAACUCUCUAGAGUGAAUGUAUUUAUUUUCUGAAAUUAGUAAAGUUAUGGGGAAAAAAGAAACCUCCUCCCUGCCAGUACACACACAAUUGGGUGAAAAAUUGAAACAUGCACUGUUUGUAUUUUUAAUGCCCUUUUUGAAUCUAAAGUCAUUUUGUUAGCUUAGGAAUAUAUGCGCGUGUAUAUAAUUAUAGCAUGACCAAAAGUGUAACAUGUCUAAAAUAUUUAAGGAUGUGAA